AUGGCCGCUGAAAAUCGUCCUUUGCUCCCGAAAAAUGCUCCAUUCGGGACAACAGAUGCUAUAGAAAGUCUCACGUCGAGCCCCAAGAAUGUGGACGAAUGGAAGCCAUCCAAACGACUCCGUUGGGUACAGAUCGCUACAUGGGCAAAUAUAUUUCUGAGUGGAUUCGACACCACAAUUGCUUUGAGUACUUACGCAGUCAUUGGAUCCGAAUUCGAUGCCGCCAAUCAAGUGUCAUGGAUCUCUACGGCGUAUCUCAUUACAGCGACCGCAUUCCAGCCCUUAUAUGGCUCAUUCUCUGAUAUACUUGGACGUCGUGAUUGCUUCGUUGCAUCGAUUAGCCUGUUCCUCUCUGGGACUACCUUGUGCGGACUUGCAAGCAGCAUGUGGAUGUUGAAUAUUGGGCGGGGAAUGGCUGGGAUAGGAGGGGGAGGUUUGUUCACCAUGGCAACAAUCAUCCUCUCUGAUAUGGUACCAUUUCACAAACGAGGCUUCUAUCAAGCUGCUAAUAACACUGUGUAUGGCUUCGGUACUGCUUGUGGCGCGAGUAUAGGUGGUCUCCUGGCAAGCAAAUUGGGCUGGAGAUUUGGUUUUCUGUUUCAAAUCCCCAUUUGCCUCUUUGGUAUAGUCAUCGGAUACGUCCUUAUCCCGCAAAACAACAGCAAACUCUUUCCGGAGCAAGCCAGAUCCGAACGCGUAGAUAAUCGUGAGCGAUUAAAGCGGCUAGACAUUCUUGGGGCAGGUAACCUUAUCAUAGGUUUGGCAAUGUUACUUGCUGCGCUAAACAUGGGAGGCAAUGUAGUGCCAUGGAACUCAAUUCGGGUUAUUGGCUUCUUUGUCGCUAGUACCAUAUUUUUGUGCUCAUUCCUUCUUGUGGAAACGAAUAUGGCCCAAUACCCCAUUAUUCCAAUGCGCAUGUUAAGAGGGCGCGUGGCUGUUGUUAGCAUAUUUCUCAAUGUAUUUGCUGGGAUGGCAGUGUACUCAUACAUGUUCCUUAUCCCACUAUUUUUCCAAGCAGUCCUUCUCGAAUCUCCUGCCAACGUUGGAGUCCGCCUCAUCCUGCCAUCUAUAAUGUUCCCGAUCGGUGGUUUCGUCUCUGGCUGGAUAAUGUCUAGAUGGAAUCUAUUAGCUCAUCUCGUGCGUACUGGGACAGUGAUAGUUGCGGCUGGUUGCGCUUUGGCCAUGAUCUUCAACGAAAAAACAUCUUACUGGGAGUAUUUCGCGUGUCUCCUACCAGUAAACUUCGGGCAAGGUCUCGUUUAUCCUAGCAGCCUCUUUUUGAUGUUGGCAGGAUUCACCCAAAAAGAUCAAGCGAUUGCAACAAGCACUGUCUAUCUUUUCCGUAAUGUUGGCUCCGUUAUGGGCGUUGCUAUCGGCAGUGCUAUAGUACAGAAUGCUCUGUUGAAGAAGUUGUCUGCCUCCUUGGCUGACGUCCCAGAUGCAGAGAAGAUCAUUCACGCCGUUCGUCACUCCGUCGAAGCUAUCUGCGAUAUCUCUCUCGAAUAUCGAUCCGUGGUAAUUACCUGCUAUCUAGACAGCUUACGAUACGGUUUUGCUGCUUGCACCUUUUUUGCUGCGCUUGCCUUUUUAUCCAGUUUUUUUGGAAAGAACUCGAUACAAAAUAGGUAG